GGAUGGCACUAUGAGCUACUUACAUUGCCGGCCGUAGAGCAAGAACACUUCUGAGACGGGACACGAUUUUUUUUUUAUUACAACAAAACGUUUUCUUUGUAUGUUUAUUUUAAGUGUGUGUUCGUCUAGAUGAUAUAAUAUUGUUUUAACAGUACAAUCAAUUGUUGGAUUACUAUAUACACACACACUCAUCGGCGAUCGUCGCAGACCACAAAACAUGUCGCUGAAAACAAUGCCGUUUUUGGCGGCGACACUGCUCCUGUGUGCAACAGUUGCGGUAGCAGCAACAACGACAGCGUCAAGCAGUUCAAACGUUAAACCAGAAACAGCGAUAGGUAAACGGGACGCCCAGGACUAUGGUGAUGCGUAUACUGGAUACGCGCAGGGUGACUCCGGAUACGCGCAGGGUGACUCCGGAUACGCGCAGGGUGACUCCGGUUACGCUCAAGGUGCCGCCGGUUACGCCCAGGGCGCACCGGAUUACGCGCAAGGAGCGGCGGGAUACGGCCAGAGUGUGGCCAAUUAUGGAGCGCAGGGUGCGGCUUACCAGUAUCCGGCGAUCGGUGCCCAAUACGCCGCCGUCCCCGCGGUAGCUCCAGUCGGCACUCUAGUGCUGCCCACAUCCGGACUGCCGCUCAACCCGCUGUUUUACCCGGGCGCCGCCAGCAUUUCAGGGCAACAGCAAGGGUACAGGUCGUACGGCCACCCGUCCGCCGGUCACAGUUCUUACCCAGCAGCCGCGUUCAGCUACGGCGCUUACCCGGCAGCCCAGUCGGCAGCUUCGCCGUCAUCGUACAAACCCGGGCCCGUAACGUUCGGUAAACAAGAGUACUCUUCGUCGUCGUCCGUGGAUAGUGGAUCCUCCUCGCAGGCGUACACUGCGCCGUCUUACCCGACGUCCCCGGGACUAGGCAGUUACGUUUCGUCCACGUACAAGGGUGCCAGCAAAUACCCGUCGUACGCGCCUUCCAAAGAUUCGUCCAAUUACCCGUCCACGUCCAGUAACUACUACUCGUCCCAACUGUCGUCGUCAUACGGCAGUCCCGUCAAAUCUGUGUACUCGACAGCCGGAGACAGUUCUUCGUACAAGUACCCAUCGUCCAAACCAUCGUACCACAGUUAUAAGCCCACGUUUGAGCCUUCCACACCGUCCUCCUACGAGACUUUCAAACCUUUAUACGGUUCGGGGUCUUCGUCAGGCUCUUACGAUACACCCGCUUACCCGUACAAGUCACCUUACCCUAGUUCGGCGUCAUCACCGUACAAAUCUCCGUACAGCAGUUCAGGGCCUUCGCCUUACGAGUCGUCUUCACCGAACAAACCGUCGUACAGCAGUUCCGGACCUUCGCCGUACGUGUCAUCUUCACCGAACAAACCGUCGUACAGUAGUUCCGGACCUUCGCCGUACGUGUCUUCUUCUCCGUACAAAUCGCCAUACAUAAGUUCUGGACCUUCGCCGUACGUCUCUUCUUCCCCUUACAAGUCGCCGUAUAGCAGUUCUGGUUCCUCGCCGUAUAGCAGUUCUGGUUCUUCGCCGUAUAGCAGUUUUGGUUCUUCGCCGUACAGCAGUUCCGGUUCUUCGCCGUACAGCAGUUCCGGUUCUUCGCCGUAUAGCAGUUCCAGUUCUUCGCUAUACAGCAGUUCCAGUUCUUCGCCGUAUAGCAGUUCCAGUUCUUCGCUAUACAGCAGUUCCGGUUCUUCGCCGUACAGUAGCUCAGGAUCGUCAUCGCCCUACGCAAUAUCCUCUUCGCCGUACAAAUCUUCAUAUGCCAACAAGUCACCUUACAGCAGCUCACCGUACAGCAGUUCACCGUACAGCAGUUCACCUUACAGCAGCUCACCGUACAGCAGUUCACCUUACAGCAGUUCACCCUACAGUAGCUCGCCGUACAGCAGUUCGUCGGACUACGAAGGACCGUCAUCGUCACCGUACAAAUCCUCUUCUUACCCGUCUGACUCGUUUAAACCGUCUUCGUCGUACCCGUCGUCGUCACCGUACGAACCGUCCUCUCCGUUCGGCAGUUCCAAGCCUAGCGCUUACGAAUACAGUUCAAAAUACUGACGCCCAGCCAAUGUUCCUGUCGUACCAAAAUAAUUGUGUUAAUUAAUUUAGCAUAUAAGUAAUAUAUAUAUAUUAUUAUUAAUACACGCUGUACAGUAUAAUAUAAAUAUACAUAUAAUAUAUAAGACCACCAUUUUUACAUUGUAGCGACCAAAUCAUACGAGUCGAUACUAUUACAAUGUUAUAACGGCGCAAACUGUGGACUUGCAGCAUUCUUCGAAAGCAUCAACAUUUUGGAUUCGAUGGACGUUUGACCUGUUGCAAAACUCACCAGUUACCGUUUACUUUUCGACCGUUAAAAUGCGCCGGUGCAAAAAAACCCGUUUAUUAUUUUUUAUCAUUAUUAUUAUUAUAUUAUAUGUAACGAGCGAACCGGCUUAUGGAGUCGUUCUCGCCGAGUUGAGUAAUUCGAAUUAACGAUUUGGUUUUUGUUUUCUUAGACUCAUUAUUUAAACUGUACUAGAAUGAUAUAUUAUUUUGUAAUGUUAUUAUUUAUUUCGACGGAGAUCUGAUAUAAUAGUUAUCCGAAAUCAAACUUUCUAUUAAUAUAACCUACUAUGUUAUACAUUAUACACAUAAUAUAUGUAAUUCGUUAUAAUUAUAGUAUGAUAAUAUAUUAAUAAUAUAA